UCCACGCGGAGAAACCGUUUCGAUGAGCAUCGACGCACCAUAUUUGCGGCAAACGCUUCUCGAGGCCGCGAGCGAAGGCGAUAUUGACGUAAUUCUCGAGACCCUGGAAAACGGCGCGUCUAUAGACGGACUCGUCAACAGCGUCGAGCCUGGGUCCGGCUUUACAGCCCUUCACCACGCGUGUGUGCGAGGUGAUAUCGAAUUGGCGUGCUUCCUACUUCGACACGGGUCGGUCACGGACGUUUGCGACAAGUUUCGCAAGACGCCGUUGCACUACGCAUGCCAUUUUGGCCAUACCCAGGUUGCCUUUGUCCUAUUGGACUCGGGUCGUGUUGACGUUCAGAAACUCUACGACAACAAUGAAGCCAAGCUAACGUGCCUACAAACGGCUGCCGCGCGCGGCCAUACAACGAUCCUCCACCUUCUGCUCGUGCACGGCGAUUCUGUUGACGGACCCAAUGAGGCUGGGGAGACAGCGCUGCAUCUCGCCGCAGCAGAAAAUCACUUCGACGCUGUCGUGGUUUUGCUGCGGUGCGGUGCCGACAUUGCCGCGCGCACACCACAAGGAGACUCGCCGCUGCACUACGCGUGUCGCGCCGGUGCCAUGUCCACGGCAUCGCUGCUCGUGAGACUUGGUGUCUCAAUCCAUCUGACAAACACGGACGACCCGCCACGAAGCUGCUUAGAAAUGGCGCGCGUGUUUGGUCACUCGGUGCUUGCCAACGCCAUUAUCGCGGUGCAAAUGAGCAUAUAUUUAGUUUACGCCGCGUCCUAUGGUGACACCAUGCCACUACUGUAGGAAGCCCAGCAGCGCCGAGAUCUUCUCACGGGUGAGGACGCUGUUCGUGUCCGCGCAGCCACCGCAGCUCUCGAAAUUGCUAGGGCGACAUGCCUGGAGGCACAAGCGCGCGUGAAAGAGCAAAGGGCAGCUGCGGCUUGGGCUCAAAAAGUCGAUGAACGGCGGGCCAUCGGUCUCUACCUUCACGAUGUCCGGACCGGCAAGUCGAUCCUCGAGGCGCUUCGAGCUUUUGACGCAUUUCCGCAUUUGCAAAAAGUGUAGCAGUGUUAACAACUAACUUUUCAUAUAUAGAAACAGCCACAA